GCUUACUGCAAGUUGCAAGGGAAAGCAAACCUAGUGAGGAAUGGUGCUGACAACAACUCUUUUUAUUCUCUGUCCCCUACAGCUGCAGUUCAGGAACCAAAAAAAGAGAAACCAGAUGAGACCAUAGUGAUUAAGCCCAGCCUGGGGGAGUUCUCAGUCCUGGAUGUCACAAGCGAUACUAUCCGUCUUUAUUGGACCGUCCCCACUGGGAGCUUUGACUCCUUCCUCAUCCAGUACAAGGAUGCAGAUGGUCAACCCCAAGCAUUGCCUGUGGAAGGAGGCUCCAAUGAAGUCACAGUGACCAACUUGGUUCCUUCUCGUAGAUACAAGUUCAACCUCUAUGGAGUCUCCGGGCGCAAACGCUCCAGCCCCCUCUCCACUGAUGCCACCACAGCUCAAAUCACAGAGCCCGAGAAGCCAGGUUCUUUCCAAUCCAGCCUGGGAGAACUGUCAGUGCUUGAUGCCACAAGCGAUUCUGUCCGACUCCAUUGGACUGUUUCUACAGGGAGCUUUGAUUCCUUCCUGAUCCAGUACAAGGAUGCAGAUGGCCAGCCCCAAGCAUUGCCUGUGGAGGGAGACUCCCGUGAAGUCACGGUCACCAACCUGGUUCCUUCACGCAGAUACAAAUUCAAUCUCUAUGGAGUCUCAGGGCGCAAACGCUCCAGCCCUAUCUCUACUUUUGCAGCAACAGUCCCCUUUACGGAGACAGAGACAGAGCCAAUUCCUAUUCAACCCAGCCUGGGGGAGUUUUCAGUCCUGGAUGUCACAAGUGAUACUGUCCGACUCUUUUGGACUGUCUCCACUGGGAACUUUGACUCUUUCCUGAUCCAGUACAAGGAUGCAGAUGGCCAACCUCAAGCUUUGCCAGUUGAGGAAAGCUCCCGUGAAGUUACUGUGACCAACCUGGCUCCUUCUCGUAGAUACAAGUUCAACCUGUAUGGAGUCUUUGGGCGCAAACGCUCCAGCCCCCUCUCCACAAAUGCCAUCACAGUUCCCUUGGCAGAUUCAAAGGAACCAGUUCCUAUCCAACCCAGCCUGGGGGAGCUCUCAGUUUUUGAUGUCACAAGUAAUUCCGUCCGACUCUAUUGGACCAUCCCCACCGGGAGUUUUGACUCCUUCCUGAUCCAGUACAACAAUGCAGAUGGCCAACCCCAAGCGUUGCCCAUAGAUGGAGGCUCCAAUCAAGUCACAGUAGCCAACCUGGCUCCUUCCCACAGAUACAAGUUCAACCUCUAUGGAGUCUCUGGGCACAAACGCUCCAACCCUCUCUCCAUUGAUGCCACCACAGCCCACAUUACAGAUACAGAGGAGCCAAUUCCUGUGCAACCCAGCCUAGGGGAGUUUUCCAUCCUUGAUGUCACAACUGAUUCUGUCCGACUCCAUUGGACUGUCCCCACUGGGAGAUUUGACUCCUUCCUGAUCCAGUACAAGGAUGCAGAUGGCCAACCUCAAGCGUUACCUGUGGAGGGAGGCUCCCGUGAAGUCAUGGUGACCAAUCUGGUUCCUUCUCGUAGAUACAAGUUCAACCUCUAUGGAGUCUCUGGGCGCAAACGCUCCAGCCCCUUGUCCACCGAUGCCACCACAGCCCGCCUUACACAUUCAGAGGAGACAAAUCCUGUCCAACCCAGCCUGGGAGAGUUCUCAGCCCUUGACAUCACAAGCGAUUCUGUUCGACUCCAUUGGACUGUCACCACUGGGAGAUUUGACUCCUUCCUGAUCCAAUAUAAUGACGCAGGUGGCCAACCCCAAACAAUGCCCGUGGAGGGAGGCUUCAAUGAAGUCACGGUGACCAACCUGGCUCCUUCGCAGAGAUACAAGUUCAAUCUCUAUGGAAUUUCUGGGCGCAAACGCUCCAGCUCCCUGUCCACUGAUGCCACCACAGGAGACUUCACAGUCCUUGAUGUCACAAGCAAUUCUGUCCGCCUCCAUUGGACCGUUCCCACUGGGACCUAUGACUCCUUCCUGAUCCUAUAUAAGGAUGCAGAUGGCCAAUCCCAAACGUUGCCUGUGGAGGGAGACUCCCGUGAAGUCACAGUGACCAGCCUGGUUCCUUCCCGCAGAUACAAGUUCAACCUCUAUGGAGUCUUUGGGCGCAAACGCUCCAGCCCCCUGUCCACUGAUGCCACCACAGAAGAGCCAAUUCCUGUGCAACCCAGCCUUGGAGAGUUCUCAGUCCUUGAUGUCACAAGUGAUUCCGUCCAUCUCCAUUGGACUGUCCCCACCGGGAACUUUGAUUCUUUCCUCAUCCAGUACAAGGAUGCAGAUGGCCAACCCCAAGCAUUGCCUGUGGAAGGAGGCUCCAAUGAAGUCACCGUGUCCAAUCUGGUUCCUUCACGCAGAUAUAAAUUCAACCUCUAUGGCAUCUCUGGGCGCAAACGCUCCAGCCCUCUCUCCACAGAUGCCACCACAGUUUCAAAGGAGGCUAUUGGUGUCCAGCCCAGCCUAGGAGAAUUCUCAGUCCUGGAUGUCACAAGCAAUUCUGUCCAUCUCCAUUGGACCGUUCCCACCGGGAGCUUUGACUCUUUCCUUGUCCAGUACAAGGAUGCAGAUGGCCAACCCCAAGCGUUGCCUGUGGAGGGAGGCUCCAAUGAACUCACGGUGACCAACCUGGUUCCUUCUCGCAAAUACAAGUUCAACCUCUAUGGAGUCUCUGGGCGUAAACGCUCCAGGCCCCUCUCUACGGAAGCCACCACAGGGGAGACCACUUCUAUCCAACCCAGCCUGGGGGAGUUCUCGGUCCUGGAUUUCACAAGCGAUUCUGUCCGUCUCUAUUGGACUGUCCCCACUGGGAACUUUGACUCCUUCCUCAUCCAGUACAAGGAUGCAGAUGGCCAACCCCGAGCGUUGCCUGUGGAGGGAGCCUUCCGUGACAUCACAGUGACCAACCUGGCUCCUUCCCGCAGAUACAAGUUCAACCUCUAUGGAGUCUCUGAGCAUAAACACUCCAGCCCUCUCUCCACUGAGGCCACCACAGCUCACUUUGCAGGCUCAGAGAACGCAACUCCUCCCCAACCCAGCCUAGGAGAUUUCUCAGUCCUUGAUGUCACGAGUGAUUCUGUCCAUCUCCAUUGGACCGUUCCCACCGGGAGCUUUGACUCUUUCAUAGUCCAGUACAAGGAUGCAGAUGGUCAACCCCAAGCGUUGCCUGUGGAAGGAGGCUCCAAUGAAGUCACCAUGUCCAAUCUGGUUCCUUCACGCAGAUACAAAUUCAACCUCUAUGGCAUCUCUGGGCGUAAACGCACCGGUCCUCUCUCUAUCGAUGCCACCACAGAUUCAGAGCAGCCAAUUCCUGUCCAACCCAGCCUGGGGGAGUUCUCAGUUGUGGAUGCCGCAACGGAUUCUGUCCGCCUCCAUUGGACGGUCCCCACUGGGAGAUUUGACUCUUUCUUAGUCCAGUACAAGGAUGCAGAUGGCCAACCCCAAGCGUUACCUGUGGAGGGAGGCUCCAAUGAAAUUACGGUGACCAACCUGGUUCCUUCUCGCAGAUACAAAUUCAACCUCUAUGGAGUCUCUGGACGCAAGCGAUCCAGCCCUCUCUCCACCGAUGCCACCACAGCUCAAAUCCCAGAAGAGCCAAUUCCUGUCCAACCCAGCCUAGGGGAAUUUUCCAUCCUUGAUGUCAAGGCUGAUUCUGUCGGUCUCUAUUGGACUGUCUCCACUGGGACCUUUGACUCCUUCCUGAUCCAGUACAAGGAUGCAGAUGGCCAACCUCAAUCAUUACCUGUGGAGGGAGACUCCCGUGAAGUUACUGUGACCAACCUGGUUCCUUCCCGCAGAUACAAGUUCAACCUCUAUGGGGUCUCCGGGAGCAAACGCUCCAGCCCCCUAUCCACCGAUGCUACCACAGUCCACCAUAUACAUUCAGAGGAGACCAAUCCUGUCCAACCCAGCCUGGGGGAGUUCUCAGCCCUUGACAUCACAAGCGAUUCUGUCCGACUCUAUUGGACUGUCCCCACUGGGAGCUUUGACUCUUUCCUGAUCCAGUACAAGGAUGCAGAUGGCCAACCCCAAGCGUUGCCUGUGGAAGGAGGCUCCAAUGAAGUCACGGUGACCAACCUGGCUCCUUCUCGUAGAUACAAAUUCAACCUGUACGGAGUCUUUGGGCGCAAACGCUCUAGCCCGCUCUCCACUGAUGCCACCACAGUUCCCUUGGUAGACUCCAAGGAAUCACUUCCUAUCCAACCCAGCCUUGGGGAGCUCUCAGUUGUUGAUGUCACAAGCAAUUCUGUCCGUCUCUUUUGGACCGUCCCCACCGGGAACUUUGACUCCUUCCUGGUUCAGUACAAGGAUGCAAAUGGCCAACCUCAAGCGUUACCUGUGGAGGGAGGCUCCAAUGAAGUCACAGUGACCAACCUGGCUCCUUCCCGCAGAUACAAGUUCAACCUCUAUGGAAUCUCUGGGCGCAAGCGCUCGAGCCCUCUCUCUAUCGAUGCCACCACAGCCCACCCUACCAACACAGGGGAAUCAAUUCCUGUCCAACCCAGCCUAGGGGAGUUCUCUGUUUUGGAUGUCACAAGCAAUUCUGUCCGACUCUAUUGGACUGUCCCCACUGGGAACUUUGACUCCUUCCUGAUCCAGUACAAGGAUGCAGAUGGCCAACCCCAAGCGUUGCCUGUGGAGGGACCCUUCCGUGACAUCACAGUGACCGACCUGGUUCCUUCUCGCAGAUACAAAUUCAACCUCUAUGGAGUUUUUGGGCGCAAACGCUCCAGCCCGCUCUCUACCAAUGCCACCACAGCCCACAUUAGAGACUCAGGGGAGCCAAUUCCCAUCCAGCCCAGCCUGGGGGAGUUCUCAGUCCUGGAUGUCACAAGCGAUUCUGUCCGUCUCCAUUGGACGGUCCCCACUGGGAACUUUGACUCCUUCCUGAUCCAAUACAAGGAUGCAGAUGGUCAACCCCAAGCGUUGCCUGUGGAAGGAGGCUCCAAUGAAGUCACGGUGACCAACCUGGCUCCUUCCCGCAGAUACAAGUUCACCCUCUAUGGCGUCUCUGGGCGCAAACGCUCCAGCCCUCUCUCCACCGAUACCACCACAGCCCGCCUUACAGACUCAGAGGAGGCAAUUCCUGUCCAACCCAAACUAGGAGAAUUCUCAGUCCUGGAUGUUACAAGUGAUUCUGUCCGACUCCAUUGGACUGUCCCCACUGGGACCUUUGACUCCUUCCUGGUUCAGUACAAGGAUGCAGAUGGCCAACCCCAAGCGUUACCUGUGGAGAGAGGCUCCAAGGAAGUCACAGUGACCGACCUGGCUCCUUCUCACAGAUACAAGUUCAACCUCUAUGGAGUUUUUGGGCACAAACGCUCCAGCCCGCUCUCUACCGAUGCCACCACAGCCCACAUUAGAGACUCAGGGGAGCCAAUUCCCAUCCAGUCCAGCCUAGGAGAUUUCUCAGUCCUGGAUGUCACAAGCGAUUCUGUCCGUCUUCAUUGGACGGUCCGUACUGGGAAGUUUGACUCCUUCCUGGUCCAGUACAAGGAUGCAGAUGGUCAACCUCAAGCGUUGCCUGUAGAGGGAGGCUCCAAUGAAGUCACAGUGACCAACCUGACUCCUUCUCACAGAUACAAGUUCAACCUCUAUGGAGUCUCCGGGCGCAAACGCUCUGGGCCCCUCUCCACCGAUGCCACCACAGCUCAAGCCACCAACUCAGAAGAGGCCAUUUCCAUCCAACCAACCUUGGGAGAAUUAUCUGUCCUGGAGGUCACUAGCAAUUCUGUCCAUCUCUAUUGGACCGUCCCCACCGGGACCUUUGACUCUUUCCUCAUCCAGUACAAGGAUGCAGAUGGCCAACCCAAAGUGUUGCCUGUGGACGGAGGCUUGCGUGAAGUCACCGUGACCAACUUGGCUCCUUCCCGCAGAUACAAGUUCCUCCUCUAUGGGGUUUCUGGACGCAAGAAGAUCCGUGUUCUCUCGGCUGAUGCCUUUACAGGCCCACCUUCGGAUGCAGGGGAACCAGUUUCUAUCCAACCUACCCUGGGGGAGGUCUCCAUCCUUGACGUCACCAGCGACUCUGUCCGUCUCCAUUGGACUAUUCCCGCGGGGAGCUUUGAUUCCUUCCUCAUCCAGUACAAGAAUGCAGAUGGCCAACCUCAAGCAUUACCUGUGGAGGGAGGCUUCACGGAAGUCACAGUGACCAACCUGAUUCCUUCCCGCCGAUACGAGUUUAACCUCUAUGGAAUCUCUGGGGGAAAACGCUCCAGCCCCCUCUCCAUUGAUGCUACCACUGCCCCAUUAGCCACGACGCCCUCGGUUCAGCCCAGCUUGGGAGAGCUUUCGGUUUCCAACAUUACCCGCAAUUCUGUACUUCUCUCGUGGACGGUCCUCUCUGGGAAUUUUGACUCUUUUUUGAUCCAAUACAAGGACGCGGAUGGCAAGCCCCAAGCCGUCCAUGUGGAAGGGAACACUUACCAAGCCAUCCUACCCGACCUGGUUCCCGCCCGCAGAUAUAAGUUUAAUCUCUAUGGAGUCUCCGGUCGCAAGCGUUUUGGACCCGUUUCUGUCGAUGCCGUCACAGCAACACCAGAUCUACCAGACCCAGUGAUUCCUCCCAGCCUAGGAGAGCUCUCUGCCUCAGGGAUCACGAGCAAUUCUGUACACCUGUCCUGGACCAUCCCCACGGGCCGCUUUGACUCUUUUGCAAUUCAGUACAAGGACGCUGAGGGUCAGCCCCAGGCAAUUCCAGUGGAAGGAGAUUUGCAUGAGAAGACCAUCCCCAACCUGGUUCCGUCCCGCAAAUACAAGUUCAACCUUUAUGGACUUUCUGGUCGCAAGCGCAUGGGCCCCGUUUCUGUUGAUGUCAUCACAGCAUCCACCACAAAGAAGGAAGCGACACCAAAGCCCUCUUUAGGAGAACUCUCCAUCUCUGAGGCCACCAGCAACUCUGUUCUUCUCUCUUGGACCAUCUCCACGGGGAGCUUUGACUCCUUCCUGCUCCAAUAUAAAGAUGAGGAGGGCAGAACCCAAAGACUGACUGUGGAGGGAGAUUCGCACAAAGUCACCAUUUUGAAUCUGGCUCCAUCCCACAAGUACAAGUUCAACCUUUAUGGAAUUUCUGGUGAAAAACGUAUUGGUCCUAUUUCUUCUGAAGCCACCACAGAGGAGGAAGUUGAGGAGAAACAGCCGACCUUGGGAGAACUCUCCAUCUCUGAAACCACCAGCAAUUCUCUUCUCCUUUCCUGGAGUGUCCCAACGGGGAGCUUUGACUCCUUCCUGAUUCAAUAUGAAGAUGGAGCUCUGCAGAGCUUGCCUGUGGAUGCGGCUUCCCGUGAAAAGAUGGUCUCCAACCUGGCUCCAUCUCACAGUUACCAGUUUGACCUCUACGGCAUCUCUGGUGCCAAACGCCUGGGCCCCAUUUCCGCCAAGGCCUUAACAGCUCCACAAUCUCCAAGUCAGGGCACAGAAGAGAGUGGCUCUCCCAGUCCAUCUCCAAAUCCCAGUUUCGGGGAGCUCUCUGUGUCUGAUGUCACCAGCAAUUCUGCCCGGCUCUCUUGGAACAUCCCUGCGGAGACCUUUGACUCCUUCCAGAUCCAAUACAAAGAUGCGGAAAACAAACCACAAAUGGUUCCUGUGGACAAGGGAACCAACACCAUUGUGAUCUAUCAUCUAGUACCUUCCCAUAGGUACAAGUUCAAUCUGUAUGGCAUCUCUGGACGCAGGCGCUUUGGACCAAUCACUGCCAGUACCAUCACAACACCAGCAGACAAUGAGAAGCCCCCAGGUGUGCCUGGAGAUGUGGACCGGGAGGUGCCUGCUGGGAUAAGGCCCCGCUUGGGCGUGCUCUCGGUCCCAGAGAUCACCAGUCAUUCAGCCCGGCUAACAUGGACCGUCCCAGAAGGAAGCUUUGAUUCUUUCUCAGUCCAGUACAAAGAUGCUGAAGGAAGACCCCAAGUGCUCCCUUUAAGAGGAGAUUCCCGUGAUGUCAUCGUUUCCAAUCUAUCACCUUCUCACAAGUACAAGUUCAAUCUUUAUGGUAUCUUUGGAAAACAGCGCCUUGGACCGGUCUCUGCCCAAGUGUUCACAACAGCUGCCGAAACAACUGGGCAGGUUGACGAAAAGAAACAACCAGAGGAAACUACAGGCAAGAGCAACCUGCCCAGCCUUGGAGAAGUCACUGUUUCUGAGGUCACUCCUGACUCCCUUCUCCUCUCCUGGAGCGUCCAGGAAGGAAGCUUUGACUCCUUCAUUAUCCAGUACAAGGAUGCUUCAGGCAAGCCCCAGACCGUACCCGUUGAUGGAGCCACGCGCUCCCUCCAUCUCUACAACCUCACAGCUUCACAGACGUAUGAAUUUGACCUGUUUGGAGUUUCUGGCUACAGGCACCUUGGGCCCCUCUCAGUUCACACUGUGACAGAGAUAUCCGAAGAAGGAAGGAACGUUCAGCCCCAGCUAGGAGAUCUCUCCGUCUCUCGGGUCACCAACAACUCAGUGGCUCUGUUCUGGACUGUGGCUGCCGGGAAUUUUGAUUCUUUCCUGCUCCAAUACAAGGAUUCUGAGGGCAAGCCCCAAGUCCUGCCCCUCAAUGGCACUUCACGGGACAUCACCGUCACCGGCCUGGGUCCUUCUCACAGAUACAAGUUCAACCUAUACGGCCUGAAUGGGCGCAAACGCCUCGGUCCCAUUUCUACCAAUGCCAUCACAGGCCAAGGCACCCAACCACUCAAGCUGGGAACCUUGUCAGCUCAUAACAUCACGUCGGAAUCCCUUCUUCUGUCCUGGACUGUGGAAUCUGGGAAUUUCGACUCUUUCAUUAUCCAGUACCGGGAUGACGCCGGCAAAUCCCAAGCAUUGCCUGUAGAUGGAGGUUUGCGAUCGCUGCGCUUCCAUGACUUGGUCCCUUCGCACAGAUACAAGUUCAAUCUUUAUGGGGUCUCCCGUCGCAAGCGUCUGGGCCCCAUAUCAGUGGAGGCUGUUACAGUCCCAAAACCUUCAGGGCUGCAAGUUGCUCCUCAACCCAAACUGGGGAAACUCUCCGCUUCUGACAUCUCUGACACAACUCUCCGUCUGACCUGGCGGGUCUUGACUGGAAAAUUUGAAUCCUUCAGCGUCGAGUACAGAGAUGCCGAGGGCAACCCCCAGGGGUUGUCUGUAGACACCAACACCCGGGAUGUGGUGAUUUCCAACUUGGUGCCUUCCCACAGAUAUAAGUUCAACCUCUAUGGCAUCUCUCAACAGAAACGAUUCGGUCCUGUCUCUACAGAAGCUGUCACAGCUCAAGGGAAGGACUUGGAGGCAAAACCCAAAUUGGGUGAUCUCUCCAUCUCUGAAGUCACCAAUGACUCUGUCCGCCUUUCAUGGACUAUCUCGUCUGGGAAAUUUGACUCUUUUUUCAUCCAGUACAAAGAUGCCCAAGGGAACCCACCUUUCUCGGAAAGCACCAGCACUCCAGCUCCCUUGCUCGAUCAUCUUGUGGUCUCUGAAGUGACAUCCACGACUCUGCAGCUCAGCUGGGAUGUCCCAGAGGGGGAAUUUGACUCCUUCCUUGUGAGAUGGAAAGACAGUUUGGGAAGAGGCCAAACGCCAGCCAAAGAAGUUAAAGUGCCUGGGGACGAGCGCUCCGUCACCCUCCAAGGACUCGCACCCAGUACCAAAUACAGCCUUACGGUCUACGGCAUCAAGGAUGAGUCAGAAGUGGCCGAUAUCAACACUGGAGCGAGGACAAGCGGGCUAGAGCUGGAUGGUCCCCAGGACUUGCGGUUCAGUGACAUUCGUGAGACCUCUGUGGUAGCCAACUGGAGACCCCCCUCCUCUCGCAUUGAUGGCUACAAAGUUUCUUUCCAGCCUUCAGAUGGUGGGGAGCCCAAAAGUAUUGCAGUGGAUGGAUCUGAACUCAGGACACUCAUUGAGGAUCUGACUCCUGGAGCCAGCUAUGAGGUCACUGUAAUGUCUAUCCGUGGGUUUGAAGAGAGCGAGCCAUUGGUAGGCUACAUCACUACAGUGCCAGAUGGGCCUUCCGAUUUGCGGGCCAUCAAUGUAACUGAUACCUCCGCCAUGCUGACGUGGCAUCCCGCUGUGGCUGAGAUGAACAACUACAUUGUCACGUACGGACCUAUCACUGGCACCGGCUCACAGGUCUCCGAAUCAGUUCCAGGAAAUCGUGUCCAGCUUCAGUUGUCAGAGCUACAAAGGGACAUGGAAUAUUGGGCCAAUGUCUACGGGGAAAAGGAAGGAAACCGAAGUUCACCCAUCAGCGCUACUUUCACCACUGGAGCAGAUGGGCCCCGGGACCUGCAUGCUACGGAUAUUUUCCCCCGCAGUGUGCGUCUCACCUGGUCACCCCCUGGUGCCCCCUCCGAGGGGUAUCUGUUGAGUUAUGAGACCCCCGAUGGACAAUCAAAGGAGAUACCUCUGGAUGCUUCCGUCACUUCAUACGAACUUCAAGAUCUGAUUCCUUCAAGCCGGUACCAGGUCCAAGUCCAGGCAGUGAGGAGGGGCACACCAACAGCUCCCAUCUCCACGUCCUUCACCACUGGGCACCUGACAUACCCGUUCCCUCGGGACUGCUCGGAAGAAAUCCAGAAUGGGCCAGGAGCUUCACGAGUAACAACAAUUUAUCUAGGGGGCAACCAGGAACGUCCCUUGAGGGUGUUCUGUGACAUGGAGACAGAUGGAGGAGGCUGGAUUGUCUUUCAACGUCGGAUGAAUGGUGAGACGGAUUUCUGGCGGGACUGGCAAAAUUAUGCUCUUGGCUUUGGCAACCUCACCCGGGAAUUUUGGCUAGGAAACAAUGCUCUGCACCAGCUGACCUCUUCAGGGGACUACGAGCUACGCGUGGAUCUCCGUGCCGGGGAUGAGUCUGUCUACGCCACCUAUCAGAACUUCCGUGUGGACCCUCCAGCUGACCAUUACCGCCUGCACCUGGGCAGUUACCAUGGCACAGCUGGUGAUGCCUUAAGCUACCACUCAGGGAAUGUUUUCUCCACUCGGGACCGGGAUCCGAAUCGGGUCAUCAUCCCCUGUGCCAUUUCUUACCGUGGGGCAUGGUGGUAUCGCAACUGCCACUACACCAACCUCAACGGGCUCUACGCUAACAACCGUGAUCAACAGGGUGUCAACUGGUUUAACUGGAAAGGAUUUGAGUUUUCCAUUCCUUUCACUGAGAUGAAACUGCGGCCCAGCAGCUUCCGCCUAUUGCAGCGGUCCUGAGCGGGACGCGGGGAUGGACUAAGGGAGAGAGCGGCGGAGGCAAAGCAGCGACAACAGCGGAAAAAUCCCAGCAACAAACCCCCUUUUGCAACAGGAUACCUCACACCCGGCCUUUGUUCUGCUUUUCUGGCCCAUCCUGAGGAAAAAAGAGGAAUGUGUCAAAACCAAAGGCGGGGGACGGGAGAAAGAAAAACCUUUGGAGACUUCAGAAGAUCCACUUCACUCAAAAGGAAGAGCGAGCUCAGAAAUAGAAUUUCAGAGGAUAAAAGGAAUUAAUCUGAACAUAGGUAGUCCUCCAUUUACAACUACUAUUGGGAGCAGGAUUUUUAUUAUUAAGCAAGGCGACUAUUGAGUCACGGCCAAGUUUAUCACGGUUGUUAAGG